ACAUGUUUGUGCGGUGGGUUUUCAUUGUCCUCCUUUACACACAAGCAAAUUUCAAAUGUGUUCCAAAUAGGAUUAAAAUUUGGUCGCCUGUCAAAUGCGAGGCGGGGAGACGAUUUUUUGCAAAGUUAGGAGGAAUUCCAGAAUUCCCAACUGAAAUUUCCCAACCGUACUUAUAUCCCUGGUUGGCUGAAAUAAAAAUAUCGAAUUUGGGCCGAAUCCGCUUCUGUUCGGGGGCUUUAAUUAACGACAAAUAUGUUUUGACUUCGCAGAGUUGUGUUUCAGCGCCAAUUCAAGCAAAUCAAAUAAAUGUUCAUCUUGGAUUCUACAAUGGGUAUAAACAAGACGUGUCGGAAAUUUUCCAACCAAGGGUUUUCCAAAGCGGAGUCAGCGAAAUUAUCCGACACUUUUAUUACGACCCGAAUAAUAUUAAAACGGCCGAAAAUAAUUUAGCGUUACUCAAAUUAAAAAAAGAUGUCAAGUAUAGCAAAACUAUUUAUCCGAUCCAAUUACCGGCACCUGCUGAUAAGUUCAAUAAACUUGCUAACACUUUUGGAGAAAAUGUCGAAUGGUCGUUUUUUUCGCUAAAUAAUAAGAAAAUAAAAAAUGUUGAGACAAAAAUAUUGGAUUUGGAACAAUGUAGACGAUUUAAUUCAAAUUAUCAACGAAUUGGAACCGGAGUUAUUUGUGGUGUUGGUGAUAAUCGCUCGAAACCGUGUGGGGCGGAAAUGGGAGGCCUACUCAGUGUUACCAAGCCGAAAAAAAUGUAUAACGUCACAGUUUUAAUAGGUAUAACAGCGUGGGAUCCCCCUUGUCAGAGUCACCUACCCCGAGUUUACGUCCGCUUAGACAACAAACUCGACUGGAUCAGAGAAAAUACCCGCGAUGGUGCUUAUUGUCGUUACUAAACACUCCCAGAUAUGAAAAAAAUUUAUUAUAUAACUUGAAUAA